GUAAUUCCCGGAGUCGACUCUCACUGGAAUAUUAACUCUCUCUGGUUUGUGCUACCAAGGGCUAGAAUACCAAGCCAUCACGAAUAGUCUGUAUAACUGCGCAAAUGACGAUAAUAAGUACAAAAAAUGUAUUAUGGAGCAAGGGGCUUCAUACAUACAUACAUACAUACAUAUGCUGUCAAAAAUGAAUUUGUUAAUUUGUAUCUGCCUGUUUACUUUAGCUCUGGAAUUCAGGUGUUUCAGCAAAAAUGAAUUGUUCAUUUUGAUAUUGGGUUAAGGUGUUUACUACAUUUUAUUGUAUUUAUCUCAGAUUGGAAUGCUUGAUAAACAAUACAUCAAUUAGACAAAUGAGCAACCAUCAAUUAACCUGAUUAUUGACAAUUAUUGCAGAUAUUUCCAGAAUAGUCCCAUUAGACUGCCUGCAGUGCUUUCCUGCAAAUGUGGAUUUAUUUUGGACAAGUAACUGUGAAGUUUGUUCAGUCACAGUGUCGAUACAGCAACAACAUUAAUUAAUGUUUUUUUUUCUUCUUUUUUUAAAUACAGUAUGCAGUGCUAUUAUCGAGGACUUGGUAAUGCUUAGUAUCUGCAGACAUUGAUUUUACAUGUUAACAUAUAUGCAUGUUCUUCUUACAUUACUGACAAGCAUUACUGAUGACUGAGCACAGGGGAUGCCUUUCAGAGCAUUUCAUUCCAAGUCAUUUGCUCCCAAAGCCCCCUUCUGGAGGGAAUGGGAGAUGCAGGCUGUCCAGGAAUUCAAGCUCAGUGCCAGAGAGCUCGUGCCACAGUGUGGAACAAUUACAGCAGCAGUGGAACAUAUAAAGUAUCAUCGCAAUGCUUAUGUUAUGUUUAAUAUAUAACAGUAUGUCAUCACCAAUCCCUGGCCCAUAGGGAUGCCUUAAGCUUCAAGAUGUGAUGACUGAAACAGAAAACAAGAAGACAAAUACAUUAGUUAAGAUAACUGGUAUUUUUAAUAUGUGACUAAAAGUUACAAUUACCAGUGAGGUCAAUCUGCUCAAAUGAUUCACUAUGAACGCUGUGUCACUGCAGUGACCACUGGCUUGCCUGUUGUCACGAUGAACAUAGUUGUAUUGCAUUCUACUGCCUUCUUUUCCAGAGACACCAUUCCUUUGAAUUAUUUAGCUUCCACUGACGUCAUGUGGCGGCUAGCUCUGACCAAACUGUUUCUGUGCCUGUGGGUCGUCAAGAAGGGAAGCAGCCAUCUUCAGGACGCGCUCAAGGAACUUAACACGGAAUUUGCUGUCAGCUUCUACCAGAAAUUAGCAAAAACUGAAAACAACUCCAACUUGAUAGUGUCCCCGGCAAGUGUUUCUGUGACACUGGGGUUACUGCAGUUUGGAGCCAAAGGAAACACAUUCUCCCAGUUAGAAAGUGCUCUGGGAUAUAAUGUUAAUGAUCACAGAGUACAAGACUUCCUCCACAGAAUGUAUGAGGAUCUGACAAACUCGAGUCAGAGCACUGUGCUCCGGCUGGCCUGUGCCCUCUUUGUGCAGAACGGAACCAAGCUCUCGUCUGCCUUUGCUCAGUACGUCUCAUCCUGGGUGAACAGCAGCCUGCAACAGGCCAACUUCAGCGAGCCCAACCGGACACGCACACAAAUAAGCCAGUGGGUCCACAGUCAGAGCGGAGGUGAAAUCACUGACAUCAUGUCUUGUGACUUGAUAGGCUCAACCCUGACUCAGAUUGCCAUGGUUAACAUUGUGUUCUUCAAGAGCACUUGGCAGAAGGAGUUCUUAAUCACAGAGACUCAGAACCUGCCCUUCACCAUCGCAGACGGAUCCACCUUAAAAGUGCCCAUGAUGUACCAGGCUGCUGAAGUCAACUUCGGUCAGUUUAAGACUCCAGCAGAGCAGAGCUUCACCGUGGUGGAGCUGUCAUACCUCGAGAAUGCAGUCAGCAUGUUGGUAGUCCUGCCCAGUGAGAGGAAGACCUCCCUCUCCCUUAUAGAGCCGUACAUCACUGCACGAGGGAUUGCACUGUGGGUGAGCAGUCUGAGGAAGAUCAAAAUGGAUGUUUUCCUACCAAGAUUUAAAAUUAAAAAUAAAUUCAAUUUGAAGACAGUCUUACAUACACUUGGAAUCAUUGAUCUAUUUGAUCCUGACAAGGCAGACUUCAGGGGAAUUUCAGAACAAGAUAGACUUUAUGUUUCAGAAGCCAUACAUGAAGCAAAAAUUGAAGUAACCGAAGAAGGAACCAAAGCUUCAGCAGUUACAGCCAUGGUGCUACUCAAAAGAUCCAGGGCCCCAGUUUUUAAAGCUGACAGGCCAUUCUUCUUUCUGCUGCGGCAGGCCAAUACAGGUUCUAUUCUCUUUGUUGGAAGGGUUCAAAACCCACUGGCAUAGAUAUGGUCUGAACCCUGCUUUCACAUACACAAUGCAGACCAAGGAGCGUAGCGAAUUCCUGUUUAUUUUGGAUCUACUGGAAUUUAGGGACCAUGUUUUGUAAAUAAUUGUAAAUAAAAUAUGAAUACAUCUUUUGCAUUUAUGGUGUUCAGGGUUUUCCUUCAGCUUUUAAUUUAUUAAAGCCUAUUUCCAGUAGAGGUUUGGCCAAAACUCCUGUUCC